AGUUGUUUCCUAUCUCAUCUCCGUGUGAUUGAUGAGAUUUGAUCAAGUGGUGAAUAAAAAACUGGGUCCCUUGUGUUUCUGUGGAUAUUUAUUGAAUGGCCUUAAUAAUUGCGUCUUUUCAACCAAGUGAGAGACGACUUGGCGUUUACUGAAUUCACGAGAAUGACAAACAAAAUUCAAACUCAAUAGCAUAUUUCUUUGUUAGCAAAUUGUAAACUAAGCUUCCUUGGUUGCAUUGUGGAUCUCUCUUUGUGUGUCAAGUCAAGUGCAGGAUGGGUAGUUGCUUCUCUAUCCAAAUAUCAGGCGAUUCAGUACUGGACAGUGUUGGUAGCUGCUUAUGCGGAGAGGGCAAUCCUAUUCGUAAUCUUAAGAAGAAUUUGGUGGCUCUGGAGAAAGCCAUGGUAGAACUCAAGGCAAGGCGAGAUGAUGUGUUAACAAGGAUCCGAUUUAGAGAAGCCAAAGGUCAACGAAGGCUAAGCUAAGUCCAGGUAUGGCUUACUAGUGUUGAGACCAUCGAAAACCACUUUGAUGAUCUAAAUAAUAAUAGAACUAUGGAACUCCAAAGGUUGUGUCUUUCUGGUGUUUGUUCAAAAAACUUAAUAUCUAGCUUCCAUUAUGGGAGAAGGGUUUCUAUGAUGCUGAGAGAGGUUGAGGAUCUUCUCAAACCUAAUGGAGAUUUUAAAGCUGUUGCGGCUGAAGUUGUUGUGACUGGAUGUGUGGUGGAGGAAAGGCCUCUACAGCCAGUAAUUUUUGGUCAAGAAACGAUGCUGGAAAGGGCGUGGAAGCACCUUAUGGAUGAUGAGACUGCAAUUAUGGGCCUCUACGGUAUGGGUGGAGUAGGAAAAACAACUCUUCUCACACAGAUAAACAAUAAGUUUCGUGAGGCAGUUGAUGGUUUCCAGAUUGUCAUUUGGGUUGUGGUGUCUAGUGAUCUACGCGUUGAGAAGAUUCAAGAUGAUAUCGCUAAGAAGUUAGGCCUUCGCGGAGAGGAGUGGGACAUGAAAGAGGAAAUAGAUAAGGUCACUGAUAUACAUGCUAAGUUGAAGAAUAAAAAAUUUGUCUUGUUAUUGGAUGACAUUUGGACGAAAAUAGAUUUAACAGAAAUUGGAGUCCCAUUUCCGACAAAGGAAAAUGGAUGCAAAGUAGUAUUCACCACUCGUUCCAAGGAAGUAUGUGGCCGCAUGGGGGUUGAUGAUCCAAUGGAAGUCCAAUGUCUAACAGACAAUGAAGCGUGGGAUUUGUUCAAGAGAAAAGUCGGACCACUCACGUUAAAAAGCUACCCAAGCAUUCCUGAACAAGCAAGGAAAGUUACCAGAAAAUGUUGUGGGCUACCGUUAGCUCUCAACGUCAUUGGCGAGACCAUGUCAUGCAAGAGAACUAUACAAGAAUGGGAUCUUGCUGUUCAGGUUUUGAAUUCGUAUGCUGCAGACUUUUCUGGCAUGGAAGACCGAAUCCUUCCUAUUCUAAAGUAUAGCUAUGACAACUUGAAGAGUGAACACAUCAAGUCAUGCUUCCAGUAUUGCUCUCUUUUUCCUGAAGAUUAUUUGAUAGAAAAAGAGAAGUUGAUAGACUACUGGAUUUGCGAGGGAUUCAUAAGUGAAAAAGAAGAUAGAGAAAGAAGAGUAAACCAAGGUUAUGAUAUAAUUGGUACCCUUGUCCGUUCAUGUUUGCUGCUGGAGGAAGAAGACAACAAAUCAAAGGUGAAAUUGCAUGAUGUGGUGCGUGAGAUGUCUCUAUGGAUAUCAUCUGAUUUUGGAGAAAACAGAGAAAAGUGUAUCGUGCGAGCCGGUGUUGGGUUAUGUGAGGUACCGAAAGUCGAAAAGUGGAGUGCUGUCGAAAAGAUGUCACUGAUGAUUAAUAAGAUUGAAGAGGUAUCUGGUAGUCCCAAUUUCUCCAAACUAACAACUCUAUUCCUCCAAGAAAACAUGCCAUUGGCAAGUAUCUCAGGUGAAUUCUUUAAGUGUAUGCCAAAACUAGUUGUUUUGGAUCUAUCUGAGAACUUGGGUCUUAAUAGAUUGCCGGAGGAAAUAUCAGAGUUAAACUCCUUAAAAUAUCUUGAUUUGUCAAGAACAAUGAUCUUGCGACUACCUGUUGGUCUCUGGAAGUUGAAAAAGCUAGUACAUUUGUACCUAGAGGGUAUGAGGGAUCUUCUGAGUAUGGAUGGAAUAUCUAAGUUGUCAAGUUUAAGAACAUUAAAGUUACUAGGUUGCAAACAACUUAGGUUUGACAAAAGCUGCAAGGAGUUGGUUCUCUUGAAACAUUUAGAAGUUCUAACCAUUGAAAUCAAGUCAAAAUUGGUUUUGGAGAAACUGUUUUUCUCACACAUGGGGAGGAGAUGCGUUGAAAAGGUUGUUAUCAAAGGAACAUGGCAAGAAUCUUUCGGAUUCUUGAACUUUCCGACUAUUCUUCGUAGCCUCAAAGGUUCUUGCUUCUUAAGUCUCUCUUCUGUGGCUAUAAAAGAUUGUGGUGUAAAGGAUUUGAAGUGGUUGUUGUUCGCUCCAAACCUUAUACAUCUAACUCUGGUGAAUUUAUUGCAACUAGAAGAAGUAGUGAGCAUAGAGGAAGCUGAUGAGAUGCAGGUACAAGGUGUUGUUCUUUUCGGAAAACUAGAAACUCUACUGAUGAGUGACUUGCCUGAGGUGAAGAGCAUCUACGGGACUCCCCUGCCAUUUCCAUGUCUGAGGGAAAUGGACAUAGAACAAUGUCCGAAACUUGGGAAGCUUCCGCUCAGUUCCAAAAGCGUCGCUGAAGUUGAAAGGUUUGUUAUAAUAUACAGAUCGGCAGAUUGGAUAGAAAGGGUUAAUUGGGAGGACGAAGCCACGAGACUCCGUUUCCUGCCUUCACGCAGAAUGGAAGACAACCCAGAGAGGCAUCUUGAUUUUCUAUAAACCAUCAAACCGCAUCUCUUCCAUAGUGCACUUUUCAAAACUAUCAGACAAAUAGAUACGUGUUCCAGACAUGUUACUCUCCUCUUUUUUUUGCUUCCUCUCUGUCAGUUGAUUUGUAUCAAACUUCUUUUUUUCUGCAAACGUUGUGGUUGUGUUUUGAAGUGUGAGUGUGUGUGUUCAUUGUAAUAUAUGAUACAUUGAUACUUGAAGAUGGUCUUAUCUUCUGACAUUUUUUUUCGAAUAAAUAAAAAUGGCGGGUGCCACCUUAAUGGGAAAAUAUCAACGGCUAGAUUUGUUAACUCAGUCAACGGUUUGCUGAGAAAGAAAAUACGCAAUCCACUUUAUUGCAUCUCCUCCUUCUGCAACUCUCUUUGCUUCGAUCCAAGUACUAGCUCUCUCUUUUUUUGCUUUAUCUAAUUCUUCAGUAGCAUUCUGUGUACAUAUGUUUCUCUCUGUUUGUGUAUGUCAAAUGUAUGUGAUCUGUGAACCACACAGAAGGGACGACUGAAAAAGGUAGCCGCCGGAUUCUCCGCUUCUCUUCCCUCCAUUAACUUCAGUCUUCAUGCUUCUGCCAUCCCUCAGGAGCUGGUACUGAAUCCCAAUUUGGUCUAAAAACUGAUGAUACAAUGGCUCUUGCUUGCUUUAGUUCUUAGAUGAACACUGUUGUUUUAUGGUUGAUACAUAAUUGUUAAAUGUGAAAUUUAAGAAACAAACUGUGUUUUUGAUGUAUGUGUAACCUUGUUCAUGGAUGAGAUGGGUUACUUUAAGUCCUGAGCUGUAUAUUUUUUGCUGGGAUGCUUUACUUUUUCCCCUAGGUGAGAACAAUGAGCUAGAUGAUCUAUCAGCUUUUAGCGAGAUUGUUCCUGAUACAGUCUUUUUUUCUAUGACUUUGAGAGGCAAGUUACAUCUCUACUUCAUGAAACUUUAGUUACUGCUAUAUCAUUAAACCAGAGUCAGAAAGAUUGUAUUGAGUUUUUGUCUGGAUCGAGGAUACAAGUAAUGCUAAAGUUAACAUUUUAAUCUCUUUAGGAUUGGGCUCGUAACCAUUCAGGAGAUACAGAGAUUGAAACUGACACCGAAUCCGGAGAAGAUCCCAGUUUGGCCUUGGUUAAAUGAUCAUAUAACUACAUUCACAAGUAUGGUUACAAGUCCAAGCAUAUGGCUGCUGCUCUCCCCAGCUUUGACCAUUCAAGAUUCUGAUUCCAUUCUAACUCUUCAGUGUUAUCCUCAGUCUCAGGGUUGAUUAUGUCAUUGCUCCAUUAAAGGUACUUCAAUCUCUCAAAGACUCACCUGCCAUUCCAGAUGAUGAAAAAUACUCCGUUCGGAAACUUUCUCCUGAUACUGCAGCACACUACAACUUCACCAACAAAUAGGUUAGUUCUGAUCACUAAACCUAACGAGCACUUCUGGUUAGCUCAACCGCUGUCUAAUCUUUUUUGUCAGCUGGUGUGGAAGGUUAUGCGAACCAAGCGAAACGUGUUGCAGAGCUCUUUAGGAAGAUUUAGCUACAUCCGAAUGUCUAAAACGAAGUUUUUAUCUUACUAAGGAUGUCAGACAAUAUACUGUUACAUUUGCGACGGAUUGUUCUCAGUUGGUGAAGAUGGUUUCUGAACCCGACGAAUGGCCAGCAUUUGCAAGUUAUGUAGAAGAUAUCAAGAUCCUACAAGGAAGUUUCCACAGCUCACAGCUUAUCCAUAUUCCACGGACUUUAAAUUCAAGGGCAGAUAGCCUCGCACGCAGUGCAAGGAAACAACCCUCGUUUGUAGUCCAUAUGGGUGCGGAGCUUCCAGUUUGGUUUACAGAGUCUAUAUGAGUCUGUUUGUUUGUUGCUGACAAAAAAAAAAAAAAAAAAAAAAUCUUACUAAGGAUGUCAAAUCAAUAAGAGAACUAAACUCCAUGUUAAUGAACCUCUUUAUUUUCCUUAUCUUUUUUUGUUUCCUUGUGUCUUGCUCAAUACGGUUCCUUGUGUGAGACUUGGGCUAUAAGUUAGCUGAACUAGAUUAAUCGUCGUCGUGUUCUUUGGUCUGAAACUUGUGGAUUAGACACCUAUAUCCAUAAACUUAUGUGUGAACCAAAUAAUUAGUUGAAUGAAGACAAACAAGAGGAUGAACAUAAACUUGUCCGUGUCAGUCAUAUACAUUAUCUGAUCUCUAGUCACUUCUCUAUCAACCUCUUUAAUUGUCAAAUUCUAAAAUUUAGUAAUUUACACAUAAUCACAAACGUAAAAUUUCAUUAUGUAGUAUAAUAUGAUUGUGCUUCUAUUUCGACGACGUGUGUGAUUGUAAAUUGUUGUGGGUUCGUAUCAUUAUGAAUAAAAACAAUGGAAUAGCUCGUCUUCAAUGCGAUUCAUUCAAAGUCGAAGAAUUUCAGUGAAAUGGAGUGAUUGACUGAUUGCAUAUCCUUCUAAAUUAUUGAAGGAUAAUUAUUAGUACUCUUUUGAAAAAAAUAUAAAGGAAAUUUUAAAGGUUCUCAAAGUUUUCUUGGACUAUGUUUUUCAUAUUUUUUCUAGAAUUAUUGUUUAGCAACAAAUCAAAGAUGGAGACAUGGCACGUUAUGUCUGCCAAAACCUAUCGGUCUUUUACAUGUGGAUCUAGUUUUCCCACAUUGCAACAAUCAUACAAUAUCUUAUCUUCUCCAAUUUGGUGUUUUAACGUAAAAGAGUGUUAAAAUCCUUUGAGAUGUGUUUGCAUUUUAUACCCUUUGAUAGAAUUGUCGACUAAGGUUAGCUUCAAGUUUAUUGCCUGGACCGCAAAAUUAGGGUUGUCUUCUUGUUUGCUCAGUUCACCUCAACAAAAAUAGUUUGAGAACGAAAAUUUUAUUAACAAAAUAAAAAUGAAGAAAACGAGAUCGUGAUUGGAACAAGAGUUAACAGAGACAAAAUAAUUAAAUUUCAGAUCUUACUAGUUUGUAAUUUUUUAUUUUUUUGAACACUUACUAGUUUGUAAUUGAUAUUGGAAUAAGUUAGCUUUCAAUCUUAAAUCCCACAUGCAAUUGAUAUGUGGCUUGAAGAGGUUUCACGUGUUAUAAUAAUUGUUUAUUCGUCUUAUAAUCGGUGUUGGUUCAUUUCUUAUCAAUUAUUGGACAUGGGUUCCUACUGCCCACUGUUGCGAUUGAGACAAUGUAUUAUACACUAUUUCAUGUGCUUGACCAACCUAA